AUGACUGCUCCAGAGAACGGCGCGUCCCCGACGCCUGCUGCCGAUGAGGAUGCCGGGACCUCGGGAUCAGAUCCUACAUCCCCGUCGGCGUCACCUGGAUCGGCACGCAGCCCAGCGGCUCAGCGCGACUUGGUGGGCGAAGAGGAAGAAAUGAACCUGCUCUUCGAAGAAGACGUCACCCUUGAUCAAGUCUUGGACGAGGCCGAAGAUGACACCCCAGCCGAGGCAACCCACACGCCGCAGAAAUCUGGUGGAUCGCGCCCCGAUCAAGCGCAGCAAUCCCAUCGGGCUGCCCAGCUCGACGACGAGGCCGACGAAAUCAGCAGUGACUCUGACACACCGGAUUCAGACACCCGCCGCAGCCGCGAACACCCAGACCCUGCCAGUCCUGCCGACGCUGCACCUUCCAAAAAGGAGCCGGGCGCUGCUGCGCAGUCUUCAAAGUCCAAAAAAGUCCCUAUGGCUGCUCUCUCCUUGGAGGAACUGAGCGCUCGCUUUGCGAGUUCGGCCAGGGCCAAAAAUGCUGCCGUCCGGGACCUCCUGCUCCGCCUCAAGGCCGACGGCGACGCAACCACGGGCCCAUCUCCCGCCAUGGCUCAAUGCCUCCUGACCCUCAUUCGCACAGAGCGGGCCGGCCACCACUUGCUCAAUACUCACAUGCAUCGUGACCUGUGGGAAGCCGUGGCACGUUGGUCCGAACAUGGCCCACCGCAAGCUCCCAGUGGCGAGACCAUGUCUGCAGACAAGGCCGCCACGCCUGUGCCCGAGGAGGCAUCGGCCACCGCCACGGAAAUUGCCGAUGCUGCUGAAGCGCCUCCUUCGGAUGAGAAGGCCGAUGAUGCCCAACAGAAGGUCGAAGGGACGUUGACGACUGCCGAGACAGUCUCGCCCGAAGCGGGUAACGAUGCAGCCAUCAAGGGCAACGAGGCCGACCCUUCCCUCAUCUGGCUGCAGGCCAUCUGGGAAACCUUUGAUCUCGUCGCCUCGGCCUCGCAUGCUCAGCUCUUCCACAAGCCCUUGGUCGAUGCUGCGUUGGCCGCCCACCAGCUUCAUGGGCCCAUUGCCAUGUACCUCUUUAAUCGUAGCCGAGAUUAUCCAUUGGAACUAUUGCACGCAUGGAGCACGAACGACAUCUCCCAACAGGAUUGGUCGGGCCUGGCACGGCUUUGGGCACAGCACCACCGAGUUCGAGACGCCAAGCCUGACACUACAGAGGUGGAAGAUCUGCUUCCCAUGGCCAAGCGCUUGCUUACUGCUGAGACCGAUGCCAAGACACACCGCGAGCAAUCGAAAACAACCAAGACCUUUGCGUUGGGGCUUGAACAUUACGUGACGCACGUGCCUGCGCCACACACCGAUCCGCACGUUGCCAGCUUUUUGCCGCAUCUGCUCUCUUCAUGCAAGUCCAACCCAAAGAACAAGUCUCAGAUCAACACGAUCAUCCGUCAGCUAUUGGACCAUGUCGAUGAGCUAUCUUUGGACAUGGUGCGGGAAAUGUUUGACCAUAUUUCUGAUAGCAAAGACCAGGCUUCCCUGGCCGAGCGGCUGGCCCGGGCCCUUGAGCCUUUGGAUGUUUUUAGUUCCGAAGAGGAGCGUGCGGACGCAGAGCGCUUGAUCAGCCUACUCAAACACCCCUUGCCAGACGCCACGACAGGCCAUAUUGCCUCGGCCUUGUUGAGCAAUUUGCGACCCAAAUGUGAUCUGAGUGAUUUGAACCACCGCCGGUUGCUAGCACACCAGCUCAAGGGGUUGGAUGCACCAGCCGUUGAAGCUGCUUUGGCUUCUGCCGACUCGGCAUCAUCGCGCAUGAUGCUCAUCGAACAGUUGGCCCACAGUCAGCCUGAGCUUGCACUUGAUCUUCUACGCUCUGGUGAUUGGACUGCCCAACAGCUCUUUGACGUUCUUCGCAAUCGUGCCUUUGAGUACCAACAUCGACUUCGGGUGCUUGAGAUUCUUUGGGACAAGUUCCCAGAGGCCCUGCGUGAAGAUGCCAACAAGGUCCAAGCCGAACUACGUGGAAUUCGGCGCCGCACUGCGUUGUGUCACCGACAACCUCUUUGCAGCAGCUUUGCCAGCUGCAAGUUUGUCCACUUGAAGUGUUUUGAAAAUUUGGAGCGACUCGGCAUUCCGGCCGAGAAGUGGCCCGAGGUGGCCGAACUGGUGAAGAUCAUGGGUCCUGCGGGCUAUCCCAUUAGCCAAGGCUUUUUGCAUCGUAUGGUGCUGAAUCAAUUGCCAGCCACGGCCGACACAACACGUUUUGAGGUCAUCUGCGCGCUCCUGACACCAGACUGCAAAAUCGACAACGUGGGGAGCAUGCUCAACGAGCACGAUGUCGAGGUCUACCUACAACACAUGGACCCCCAAGCCGCCCUGACGGAGAAGCAGUUGCUGAAGUUGUGUGCCACUCCCGCGUCGCGCAAGGGGUUGACAGCAACGCUGCGUGUCUGCCAGGCCACGCUGGCACAAAAGUUGGCCCAAGCAGUCUUGCACUUUGACUUGCACGCAGCUGCACGGGUAUUAUUGGAUCUGGCAGACACGGAUCUGUUGACCACCGACCAGCUCGUGCAGUGCUUUCGGCUUGCUGUGCCCCACGAACCAGCCAAAGUGGCUUGGGUGCACCUGAACGCGCUGAGCAAGGCCAAGGUCUCGCUGGAGGACAAGGACUACGAGCAGACGCUUCUGCUGGCUGUCCAGCAGCAGGCCUGGGGCACUGCUCGUCUCGUGUACAUGGCCAUGUGUGAUCAAGCACAAACUGUGCGUCUCCUCAUCGAUGGCUUGCGUGGAGCACCUCCCGACUACCACCGCAUUGCUUCCACCAUUUUUGAGAAGGCGCGAGGGGCCAAUCAAAUUCCUGGCACCGGCGCGGAUCAGACCCCGUUCGCCCUCAAUCUCUCGCCUUUUUUGGUGCACGAGGUCAUGCUUGUACUCGAUCACUACCGAAACACCGUGUUGAACAACACACCUGCUGAUGGACUGCAGCCGCUCCAUCUCACCUGGGAGGGCGCUGAUGUCUCUCUGGCGCCGAGCGUCGAGUCGUGGAUCACCGCACACGCCCCGGCGUCCGUCUUGAGAGAGCUGAACUGGUCUUCGAUUGCUCCAGAGGCUACAGAAGUCACCCUCCCGCUCGACCUUGUGCGUCGUCUCGUGCACGAGGCUGUGGACACACGCGAGCAGCAGGUCGUCUCACCGUCUUCCAACAAAGUAACCGCCCCUCGAGAGGGGGUUGAUCUGAUGCGGGAAGCCAAGCGCGCUCGAACCACGCUCCCAGCACCCCCCGCUCCCCCGACAACGACAUCACUUCCGACACCACCGGCGCGGCCAACUCCGCCCGGGCCACCACCGGCGCCAGCCAUGGGCAUGACUUCGAUGGGAUCCAGCCAGCCUGAACCCAAACGGGCCAAGGCAGAUAGCGAUCCUGUUGUGACACGGGGGCCACCCGGCUUUCGCCUCGACCGCCGGGAAGUGUCGACAGUGUCGAGCCACAACUCGGGUACCAACGAGUGGGACUCCAACUCACGAUCUGCUGCUGGGCCCGAUGUCGGUCGCAAGGCCAGCGUCUUGCCCGGAUUUCGGCCCGGUCAUCGCGAGGAACAACGCGCGAGCCCCAGCACGAGUGCACCGGCCCGGGCCGUGGAAGCGUCAGGCUCGGGUCGCUCCGGUCCACCUGGGUACCGUCCCAGCAGUGCCGGAGCUCGGGCGGUUGAUUCCCAGGGUACCUCGCCAGUGACGCCGGACGGACCCCCGAGCAUGGUCACGCCUGGCUCGAUCCCUUCGGUUUCUUCCCCUCCAGCCGGCUUGCCGAGUAAGGUGCCUCCGCCGCCUCCCACGCCGCCGCCACCGAUGGCCGAUACGCAGAGCGUGUUGGCACAGGUGAUGGAGCGCAAGAAGCGGCGUCAUGGGGAGGAACAUGAAGCCACGACACAGCUUGCCUCCCGAGUGGUGGACGACACCAUUAAGGGGGCCUUGAAGCCCGCCUUGACGCAUAUGCUACGACGAGGCAAAAUCCGCAGCAAGGCGGAUUACAAGACCUGCUACAAGCGUAUUCGAUCGCACUGCUUGAAGCUCCAAAACAUGAGCAGCGGUGAGUUGCGGGCGCGGAUCGAAGAGAUUGUAACCAACUUUUUUGCCCAGCAGGAGUUUUAUGACCCUGAUGGUCCUCAACCAUGCUAAGACCCAAGCCCAUCACGUCUUGCAUGGCAUAACAGAGUUCAUGUUUUAAGGAUUGCCAGAAUCUAUCAGGAGAAAAG